GGAGCGCUCGGGUAAAUCGGUGAGAAGAAAGAGGUUUGGGCGGCGUCGCCGGGAUGGAAGCGCGGGAUGUAGCGGGCUGUCCGGAGAUAGGAGACAAGGCAGCGCUGGUGGCGGCUUUCGGUAAUCCCACGGAAGGAGCGAUGGAGGAAGGAACCCGUUUGCUCUUCAACGAAGACAGUGAGAAGACGCCGGACUUGCUCAAGCUCUAUCGAAUCAAGGAACAAAUAAGUCAGCAUCUUAUGGAAUAUAAUACAAUAAUCAAUUCAGCAGCUGCAGAAAAGAUUCCGGAUCAAGAUAGAAAUGAAAAAAUAUUGGAGGGUUCCAUAGAAGAAUUGGAAAGAGACUUGGAAGAGAUGAGGGUAUCGUAUCAAAACAAAACAUUAACAUUACAAAGGAUCCAAAUAACUGAUGCCCUUAGAACCAAACUGAAAAAUGAAGAUGAUGAUUCAAAGUUUAUUUGGGAUACCGUUAAACAUAUCAUAAUGCUUAGUACAGCAAUACUUAAAUCAAAGCAGCAAUCCCGUGAACUGGAAGAAAAAUUGAAUGAGGUUAAGAACAGAAGACUAGAAUUAAAGCGAGCUGGAGAAUGUAAACUGGCACAAAUAUAUAAUAUGAAGAGAAAACAGAAAGAGGAUUUAGAAAAUAUGGAGGUUGGCGAAAUGUUGAAGAAAGUUCGUGAAAAUUUACAAAAGGAAAUUCAGAUGACCACAUUGAUUCAAAACAUUUUCCAGAACCUUAUUACUGGAAGUGGAGUCAAUUGGGCAAAGGAUCCAGCAUUGAAGGCAAUUGUUCUACAACUAGAGAAAAAUGUGACUGGCAUCUGAAACAACAUCAAGUUAAUGACUGUAUUUUCUUCCUGUGAUUUCCAAAUUCAGAAAAAAGGGUAAUCUAUCAGGUUUUCGUAAUAUACUAGUCAUUGUCUAAGAGUUUUGUAUCUGUACAAGAAUAUAUUCCAUUGAAGUACGAUUAAUAUAGCAACAAAAGAGAAAUUCUGUUACAGUCAUUGUAAAUGUAUUCAAGGAGUUAUUACAGGAGAGUCAUUUAGCUGUAAAAUAAUUCACAUCUCCUCUUAAUAUUGCAUAAGUUACCAAUUCCAGUAACAUUAAAAAUAGCCUUUUGGAAAAGCAGGUAUUUACAAAGGUAGCCACUUUAUUUUCUUAUCACAAUUUGUCCUCAUGUAUGCCUAUGUAUGAUGCAAUUAUUUAUGUCUAAAUUUCAAUGGAUUUUUAAUGAAUCAUCAGUAGUUCAAAUAUUCAUAGUUGAUAUUGCCAAAUAUUAUUCAGCAGUAUUUUCUUCUGGGCCAUUCUUGUAAGAUAUUUUUAAUAGUCUAUUUCUCUAUAUCUGCUGUAGAUUUUCAUAGCCAAUGAACAGAUAAUAUAGUAAAACCAGAAGUAAAUUCUACAAUACCUAAAUAGGAGGCAAUCUCCUAAAUGUUGAUAAGAGUUUUUUGCAGAAAUGUUAUACUGUAAUUGUUCUAUAUUGUUAGGUUACCUCGUUUGUUUCCAGACAAAAAUAAAUAUUUUUAAUUAAGACACACAAGGAUCCAUACAAAAUGGCAGUAGGAUCUUGCUCUCUUAACACUAUAUAUAUAACAUUCCCACUGCUGCUAUUAUU